AUGAAGUGCUCAGGCGUUCAUUUAUCAUGGAAGGAUUGUGUGAUUCUAACAUUGAGUGGUUUACGUGGUAGCAUGUCGCUUAUCUUAGUAUUAAUUGUCAGUCUAGAUAUAGAAAUCGAAACGAUCACACGUCAUCGUUUUCUAUUUCAUAUCUCAAUGAUUGUCUUACUAACUUUGAUUAUUAAUGGAACAAGUAGCAAAUAUUUAGUGAAGAUUUUAGGUUUACACCAUGGUACAAAAGGAAGUGAGAUUGUUCUUUUACAAGCAUUCGAACAUGUCAGACGACAAACAUCGUGGAAAUUAACGAAAAGUUUGCAGAUGUUGACUGGACGAACUUAA